AUCAGAUUUCUUUGUAGAAACGUUCGCGCGUUUUUCGAUCGCAAAUUUCGCGGGAGAUCAAAAUAACCCAAGAAUUCGCCUACAAUGUGCAAGUUUCUUUGCCUUUGAUCGUAUAAUAUCAUCUAUUUUCACAUGUUCUUUCAUCUGUAAGCCAACUUACAUCAAUAUGACGCUAUUGUACUCCAUCUUACACCGAGAACUUGUGUGUAAUUCUCCAAGAAAGCAAAUCUCCCUGGAUUUCGCCCUAGAUUCUUUUGUAUGUCAUCGAGUAGAUGAACAUCCUAUUCACGGCAAAGAUUCAGGGGUUGAAGUUCCACCAUUCGCGAGCAGUUUUAGCAAGAAUGCUGGAGAUAAACACCACUUAGCUGUGGCAGACGAAGAUGGAUCCGUUCGAGUACUGGACACAAAUAAAUACGGACGACAAGCUAUUGUUGUUGAGUGGACAGCACACUCAAAUGCCAUCUUUGAUGUUGCCUGGAUGCACAAUGAAGCAAAACUUGUCACUGCUUCAGGAGAUCAAACAGCAAGGCUCUGGGACGUCACCAAGGAGACAAGCUUGGCUGUAUUCAAAGGCCAUAGCUGUAGCCUUAAGUCAGUUGACUUCAGAAAAAAUGACCAGUUUACAUUUGCUACUGGUGCUAGAGAUGGAAAUAUUAUGGUAUGGGACACAAGAUGUAACCAGCGCCGAGACCACUACCAGCCUGUGAAUACUAUCUACAGUGCCCAUACGCAGCAAUUGACCACACCCAUGAGAGCCCGUAAGCGUUCACGCCGAGCAUCUACCCCUCAGCCAGUUACAGACUCCCAGCAAAGUGUUACAGCUGUGGUCUUCCAUGGCGAUAAUUUGUUGAUAUCUGCUGGUGCCAUGGAUGGAAACCUGAAGAUGUGGGAUUUGCGCAAGUAUUACACGAUGGCUAAGCAGGACCCAGUGCCAUACCACAUGUUCCCUUAUCCAGGAAAGGGUCCUAGGAAACAUGGCUUCUCAUCACUUGUUCUAGACUCCAACCAAUCCAAGUUGUAUGCUAGUUGCACAAACGAUCACAUCUACAUGUAUGAAUGUUCUGUGCUUGGAGAGGAUCCAGUCUGCUCAUUUACUGGUCAUUCAAACUCGACAUUCUAUGUAAAAGCUGCACUAAGUCCUGAUGACAAUUACCUUCUUUCUGGGUCUAGCGACAAUAAUGCAUAUAUAUGGAAAGUGUCUGAUGCUGACAGGCCGCCAGUCUGUCUUAGGGGUCACGCUGGUGAGGUGACAAGUGUCGUAUGGUGCCCUCAAGACAUAACUAAGGUUGUCACAUGUUCCGAUGACACAACUGUAAGAAUCUGGAGGAUGAACCGAGGAGUUGAAUUUCAAGAAAGAACAGACUAUAUUGGUUUCACUGAGAGAAUGAAGACACAAAUACAACCACAUUCAACAUCCAAACAAGAACAAAAUGGCAUGUCAACAACACCACAGAACAAGAGUGGCAGAUACACUUAUAAGGUCCACACAAACCCACGCCUUAAUCCCUUGUCAAGCCCUGUUGCCAAGGUAACAAUUAAGAGAUGUAAUACCCCACCCAAGAAGCUGACAAUCAAGUGUGCAUGCCCCACAACCCAGCCGACAAAAAGCCCUGUAAGGGCUGGGCGUACUGCUUGUCCUGUUUCCCCCCUGACCACCCCCCACAUUUCAAGCUGCCCCCUCUCCCCUGGGGUAUCCUCUCCAAAAUGCCAAAGCCCACAACAACUUCUUAGAUCCUGGCUGAAGGUAACCCCACCCAGGAAAAACUCAAAUAAACAUAUGGAUGAUGUACGUGAAGAAGGCUCUAAGGGUCAAAAAAAGCAAAGUGCUAUGCCACGACUGAGGAAAGGCCUUGAGAAAGCUUUAUCUGAAUGUGCUGUUCAGGACACCAACCAGGAGAGUAAGUUAUCAAUGCAAGCCUCUGAUACAAGUCCAUCGUUGUCUCCUGCACGCAAACGCCAAUGCAUUAUGAUGAGUUCAGAGAACAGUGAUGAUACUGAUACUCCUUUUGCCAAAACCAUGAUAGUGGUACAAGACAAUAAAGAGAAUAGCGAACCAAAAAAUCACUUUAAGGAUAAGAGGAUUGUUAAUGCUUCUCAACAUAUUGGUUUUGUGGAUGAGAGAGAUAUAAAGCAUUCAAAUUGGUUAACAACUUGGAGUAGAUUGCAAAGGCAGAAGAAUGGGAGCAUAAGUGAGAAUAAACAAGUCAUUACUGACAACUGUAAUGAAAAUGGAGAGAACUGCUCACCUACAAAAGACAAUGAGGAUACAAAUGUGACCUUUUUGGUAGCUAAACCAGAAGAGAGCAUUUUGCAUUAUUUUAAGCCAACACUGAGUCCAAUAAAGGAGUAUAUAAGGUAGACCUGACCAACCUCCCAUCAAGCAAAGGGGAAGAAAAUUAAGAUACAUUAUGCUUAAUUAUAGAAGGAUGUGACACACCAUUGUUAUUGAAAACUUAACUUUUCAUACCAACUGUGAUAUGGAGUACCAUAUGGAUGUGACACACCAUUGUUACUGAGAACUUUACUUUUCAUACCAACUGUGAUAUGUGAGUACCCAGUCCUCUUCACCAAGAAAAGAUUAUAGUUUGGUAAAAAAAAAAGAAAAAAGAAAAUGAAUAGGUUUGAGAUUCAAAUUCUGUCUUGGUAAUUCCUGUAUUAAUCAACUAACCUAGUUGUGUAUAAUCUUGGAUGAUAUUCAUGAUAAAAAUUAUUAACAAACUGUGCCAUAUUGCUAUAUUGGGCACAGUGAUUAUGGUAUACAAUGCAAGAAAAAAAAAUGUGCAGACUGUUUUAGAUUCCAAAAGAUAUUAUUGAAUAAAUGUUUAUAAUUUACUUCA